AGAUGAUAAAUUAACCAUUAUUAAAGUAUAUAGUUAUAGAUACAUUUCCACCUAACAACUUAGUAACUAAUUUAGAAAAUAUUACUAGAUUAAUCCAUAAUAAAAUGUAUUAUUAGUUAUACCAAAUAGAUGCCAACCUUUAUAGUAAUAAUAAUAAUGGCUUGAAUUUUGAUAGCGCCUUUCAAGAGACCCAAGGAUGCUUUACAUGUGUCCGUGGGGACAAAAGAGAAGAGUAAAAUGCUCCUUACCUAUUAAUGCUUAAGAAAUAAUAUUUGAGUCAGUAGUAUAGUAUUAUAUAGUUUAUAUCAUAUUGCAUAUAUUUAGUAGAGUAUUAAUUCAAGUUUUUUUUCUUUUGAUAGUUUCAACACAUUGGAGUAAUUAUACUUAGAUAACCAGGUUCAUACCACAUUGUAGAAAUUUCACAGUUUUAAAGUGUGAAUUUGAAAUGAGUCGGGGCGGUUAAGGUCCUGUCUCUGUUGUCACGCCCUUCAGCACACAUGAUUGGUUAAUGUCCCAGGACGGCGUGGCUCUCAUUGGCCACGUUUUGUCAACAUGCAGCGCCUGUCUUCCAGCUGAGUCAAGACACAAAUAGUCAAGUAAGGAAAUACAGGAAGUGUACCAUUGUCGCACAACACAUGAAUCUAAAUCGCGAGUCCAGUUACUGUUUUCAUUAUAAAACCAUUGACUUAUCUCCGUGUGGAAAACGCUCGUCCUGAAUGGACACAGCGGCACUCUCUCGGAGACUCUGAUUUCCUCAGUCACGCCGGCUGAUGUUUUAUUUUGAAAACCGCGUGAAAAACCGAGUCUCUCUUCCUGGUCGAUGUGGACAGAAGGAGCCUGCUGGGUGAGGUCUGUUGUUGGAACUGGGGAGAUAAUGGAGAAAACCCCGAAAAGUUGAGAGCGAGAAGCCCGCGGGAUUCGUGGCGUUAGGGCGUCUCUGAAAACCUCCUUUCACCCGAGGAGAGCUUCAUGUGGACCCGGCUUUCGCACCUCGACUUCCCCACUAGCUGCCCAUGGGUUGCUAGCUGCUAACGCUACAUGCCGAAGCACCUGUCCCCAGCCUCUUUGUUUGAGUCACGUCGGCGGCUUCGGGUCCUCUUGUUGUCAGUCCUCUGAACUUGGUGUGGCAAAUAUCAGCUGUCCUUUCCCGGUCCCUCUGUCUCCGCUGUCCUACCUGCCCCGCCGGCCGGAUCCGGACAAAGAAGAUGGACUGAUUUCUGCCUCCGUCCGGAAAUGCCUGACACAAACCCUGUGUGCGCCCCGUUGGAUGUUAUUAAUAAACCCGGAUACCCCCUCCAGUAAGGCAUGGCGUCCUCUAAAGCAAAGACAGGAGCCAACAGUGAGACCACCCCCCUGAAAGACAGCAAAAGCAGCAGCAUCGGUCCUCCCGGGGACGCGGGUCCCAAUCACCGGACAUACAGCCUGGAUGACCUGGAGACCGUCGCCACAGUCGGCACAGGAACGUUUGGCCGAGUCUUCCUGGUCAAGGACAAGAAGAGCAGGGCCUUCUACGCCCUGAAGCAGAUGAAGAUCCCUGACGUGAUCCGACUGAAGCAGGAGCAGCACGUCCACAAUGAGAAGGAGGUGCUGACAGAGGUCAACCACCCUUUCCUCAUCCGACUGUUCUGGACUCACCAUGAUGAGCGGUUCCUCUACAUGCUGAUGGACUAUGUGCCAGGAGGUGAACUGUUCAGCUACUUACGCAGCCGCGGGCGCUUCAGCAACAACACAGGCCUUUUCUAUACUUCUGAGAUAGUUUGUGCCAUUGAGUACCUCCACUCCAAAGAAAUCGUCUACCGUGACCUGAAGCCUGAGAACAUCCUGCUGGACAGCGAAGGGCACAUCCGCCUUACUGACUUCGGGUUCGCAAAGAAGCUCUCUGACAGGACCUGGACUCUGUGUGGAACUCCUGAGUACCUGGCCCCUGAAGUCAUCCAAAGCAAGGGUCAUGGCCGAGCAGUGGACUGGUGGGCUCUGGGCAUCCUCAUCUUUGAAAUGCUGGCUGGGUACCCACCCUUCUUUGAUGACAACCCAUUUGGAAUCUACCAGAAAAUUCUGGCUGGAAAACUGGAAUUUCCGCGCCAUCUGGAUUUCUAUGUCAAAGACCUCAUCAAGAAAUUUCUGGUCAUCGAUAGAGCCAGACGGCUAGGCAACAUGAAGAAUGGAGCAGAUGAUGUGAAGAAGCACCGCUGGUUCAAAACAAUUGACUGGGAGGCAGUUCCUCUAAGGAAACUGAAGCCUCCUAUAGUGCCUAAAGUUUCCCACGAGGGUGACACCUCCAACUUUGACGUUUACCCAGAGGACGACUGGAAGAAAGACCCUCCUGUGCCUCAGAAGGACUUAGAGAUCUUCAAGAACUUUUGAUCAGUCUGCCUGGUUUAUUUAUUCGUGGAACAUCCUGAGAAUUGGCCCAACAUAUUCUAAAUGUACUGUUGCAGGGAGUCACAUUUUAUCUGUAAUAAUGACCUCCCUACCUACCAACUCCAAAUGAUUGAUGCUGUGACCUGUAUCAUACCACAGAGAUGAUUUGCUUUUUAUAUGUUUAUUUAUGUGACCUAAGUCGAACUUUUGCUGUUUUCAAUUUUUAUAAUUUUUUUUCUGAGCCUGCUCAUAUGCAAAAGGUGUGGUUCAUUUGAAACCAAAAGACUGUUACUUCCUAGGUUUAAAAAAGAAAAUAAUCAGGUCUGUUUUUUAUAUUGUUUUAUAUUUUCUCUCUUUCUCAAAUGUUCAUGUCUUCAUAUUUAAUGACUCAAGACUGGUGCUGUAAAUGUCAGCUGGCAAGUGGUUACUAAUGUGCAGUUUGGGACUUACUAUACUGUGUGUAGUCAUGAGUCAGACACUUUAUUUGAAAAUGUGUGACCAGUAGCACUUGUAAAAAGGUGCCUUACAUCACAGUUUAUUGGGCAUGAUGUCUUGCAAUUCCCUAAAGUUCACAAGAAAUCUCUCUGGCAGUACUAAUGGAAAUUGAAUCAUGGGACUGUCAGCACACGCGUGGUGUUGCUGAAUGUGCCGUCUCGUCUUCCACUGUAAAAGUCUUAUCUCCCAGCUCUGUUAUUUCCUGUUGCACCUCUAAAACUGCUUUAUUCACAGUAGGGACUUUCUUAUUACAAAAGCCAUGUGGAGUGAAAGGUGCUGGGACGUGGGGCCCUUGACAUCUAAUUUCUUCUUUGUAGAGCUACAUUAGUCGACCAGGUCAGUUUUCAUCCACAUGUCAGUGUAUCAUGUAGUCAAGGCUUAAAGCAUAUUUAUAUAGUUAUAUUUUAGGACAUUAUUGGCCUUUAAAAUAAACUGCAUACUGCUCUCUCCAUUUUAUAGGCUGCCAUUGAACGUGUUGGUGAGGGAGUGAUGUGUCAGGUACAGGUGACACCAGUCAUAUACUGAGGGCAUUUUGGCACAGUACUGCUCUGUGAUUGCUCAGCCCUCCACCCAUUACAUGUGUCAACAUGCGUUUAACUGGAGGAAAUGGUUGAAGCACAACAGAUACUGCAAGGUCGUGGUUAAGCACAAAGAAGCAGCCGUGAUUUCGCAGGAGUUAACACUUGAAACAGUUCUGUGUGUAUUGCAUGUUUACUCUUAACAAUGCUUGUUAAACUGUUCAGCAGACACCCUAAAACCGUAUCACUCUUUAUUUUUCCUCAUCUGUUAUUUUAAUCCCCCCCCCCCCCAACACUACAUCUAUGUUAUUUGGUUUUGUUUGCGUUCACAUUGCAAACUGUCAUGUAUUAUCUGUACCAAAGGACUGAAAUGACCCUCAGUACUGAACUAUUUGGGGUAAUGUCAACGUUUGCCAUAUGGACCUAUAGUGCUUCUUUUCUUUUUUUUUUGUCAAGUAAUCAAAACUUUCUCCAGUCAAGUUGUUUUUUUUCUUGUGCCUACAUUACCCACAAUGCUACUUGACCAUAGUUGGGUAGGGAAAUUUCAGAGGUGUGUUUUUAAGAGGUGCAAUUUAGCCUUCAGGGCUCUCUGCUGACAUGAAUACCUAACUAGGUAGUUUUGUUGCCUAAAUCUAAACAAAGUCUCCUGUUUGACUCUUUACAUGUGGACGUUCUAGCUCUUGAUUCUACCUCACCUGAUUUCUUAAAGCCUCUUCUGGCAGAAAGCCUUGAAGGCCGACUGCUCCCACGGCUGCUUGUAGCAGCUGAUGUAUCCCGCAGCCUGCAGCGGAGAUGAGAGGGGUUAAAGAGGUCCGGUAAGUCCACACCCCCUGAUAUCUUUACUUUCAACCCCCUGAUAUCUUGUAGUAUUCAGAUCCAACCAACGCGGACUCAAGUGACAUUACUUGAGGACGUUUCUCAGACUACAGAUGGCUCCCUCUGGACACAUGAAAGGCACGUACAAGUGUUUUCACACAUGCAUUCAUACUGCCCAACAUCUGGAGGACUCCUAGUAAAAUGAGAUACUCACAAAUGCAACCCCAGAACUGUAUACUCAACUAAUAUAAAUGUCAAAUAGCAUGAGGUGUCUUUCCAAAUCAUGUCCACACAGAGGGACUUAAAGGGUGCAAGAACAUAGUUUUAAUACAUUUGCAGAAUAAAUCUAGUUUUUUGCUUGCUUGGCACUUAAGGGAAUUCAGUGUCGAAUGUCGCAGGAUUUCUUGAAAGUUGAAAAAAUGUGAAUACUUUAUGAUUGCACUGCAACACAUUUGGCAUUUCUAUACGAACAUUUCUGUUCACAUAUGUCAUACUCCCUUUACAGAAUCAAAAGUGUUCUAACCUAUUAAACCGACAUCAACGUG